GUUCUCUGAUCACUGUUUCGUGAAUUACCAUAGCCCUCUUCAGUCCCUUUUACGUCACCAUGUUACUAUUUGUAUCUUAUCUUCCUUGCUUCUAUUGAUAUUUCUUAUCGUUCACUUUUGCAUGUGCUUCAUCUUGUUUUAGGCAAACUUUAUUGUUUUUAGUAAACAAAAUAUAUUACUUCGUUCUUUAAUUUGUAUUUAUUCUUUAUUUACUCUUUUUAUGGUUUUCAGUUAACUUUCUUCCUACUUUCGUCAACCGCUUCUUCAUUUUGUAUCAGCUUUUUUGCGUUAUCUAGUCAUUCUCAACAGAGCGUUAUGGCUUCGACCAAAGGCGGAAGAGUUCAUCUUGUUUUAUUUCUUUUUUUUAACAUUUUUACACGUGGCCUAUUUUUUAUUUCUGAAUCGCCGCUCAGUCAUUUCUUCUUUCGAUUCUCGCGAAUAGGUGUGCGCGAUUAUGUACUUGAAUCUAUUAUAAUUGAUUUACUGAUCGAUCCUUAUACUAUAUUACCUUUCAUAUAUUUCUUUCAAUAUUGGAACGUAUAUUCCUGUUAUUCAAUGAUCUAAGUGCAUAAUAAAUAUCCAAUGACAACCUAUAGAGAUCGUAGGAGCGUUUUUUUUUUCGAUUAUCCCUUUUAUCUCAUUUUCCUUUAAUACAAUUUAAUUAAUUUAAUCUUUCUUUUCACUUUAUCAUAUGUUUGACACAUCUCGCUUGAAUUGACAAUAUACACAAUCGGCGAAUUCUAAAGAGACUAGACUAUAGGCUAGACUAAAAAUUUUAAUUAGUAAUUAAAUCUAAAGUCGAUAAGUAUUGCUGAAAUUCAUAUAUACGGUAUAUUAAUUUUUGUCAAUAAUUACAUCGGAGUGCCGAAAGAAAUUACGGCUUGUAUAUCGUUGUUGAUCCAACAAACAUUUUUAAUUUACUUGGAGUCAUAUCAAUUACUUUCGCUACUAAUUCAAUUUGAGUAGCUGUAUCGUUAUUUUUGUUCGCAUUUAAUACCGUAGUCGCCAUUUUGGAAGGGAGUAUCGUAGGUUAAAGAGGAACUCUCCUUCACGAGACUACGACGCUCUUUAUCGAUCCAGUAAACUCAAAUUAUUCGAAAACAUGUUCGUAUUCGUGGCGUACGAAAGUUAAUGCGCGUUAUCGUUGAUCUGCAAUCGGGUUAGUCUAACGGUUGCAUCGAUUUACGAGAAUCUACAAGAAAUUAUGCCGUAAUAAAAUUCAUAAAAUUUAUUAUCUUUAUCGCUCAGUUUUUGCCUAGUGUCAAAACCGCGAGAGGAACACGUUGGGGAUUCGUAAUUCUGAUGUCCACGUAACAUUCUAACAGAGGAGCCACUCGGUACUAAUUGAUUGAAUUUCACGUUAAAUAAAGGCUCGUUCAUAUCUCAUUAACGAAUUAAGAGCAGUAAAAAAUCAAUAAUGUAUCUUUCCCAAAAUCAAUGCUCCCUUUAAUGCUUGAUAUUAUAUGAAUUUUGAGACGGUAUUUUUAUUUUUUUAAUGCACCCUCAUUGCAUGACAAUAUCUUCAGAUACUGACGUUUCGAUUAUUUUAAUGUCCCACUGGACAAAUGACUGCCGAUUGUUUCUCCCUGUCGAGACAAAUUGGAAUUGCUAAUGAAUUUUCUGUCUAUCUACUUACGGCAAAAGCUUACUUCAUUUUUACUGCGUAUUGUGCUAUUGAUGUCAGAGUCUAAAAAUUCUGCAUGAACUCUUCGCUAUUGAUCGCCACGCACUAUUGAAUACUAGGCUUUUUUUUUUAUCACACGAAAGUGAAGAAAUUAAUGUAAAUGCGAUUUGUGGAAAGAAAAUUCAUAGCAUAACGUUGUAUUGAUUAUUUCUUAGAAAGGGGUGAUUCAGUUAUUCACAGCGUACUAGGAACGUCGAUUGUUACUCACUUUUCUAUUUCUGAAUAUUCAUAAAAAUCCACAUGAGGUGUGAAGCUUUGAACGUACAUUUAUUAGCAUAUACAUCUCGGUACGAAAGCGUGCGAGUACUCGUUGCAUAAUAAGUAGAAAAAGAAUUCCUCGUGAGAAUGUCAUGUAGAAAUCGGGAGGAUAUAAAAAUUCUCCGGAUUUCCUUAUAAACGCCGUAAGGUGAGAAUUGAUCGUUUUUCGUGUAGAAACUUCAAGGGAGAAGAAUCCAAAGAAAAGAAGACUUGGAAUAAUUUGAAAAGAAAAAAAAAUUGAAGGAUAAAAUAUUAAGAGACCGUUGGAGCUGAUCGCAUUAAACUGAAUCCGCGCGUAUAGAUACCGCGAUAGGAUUUCGCGUGAAAUUUUAAAAGAAAGGCUGGAAAGCAUAAUGAAGCAAGAGCCUGAAGACGAGGAGGACUGCUUCCUGGAGGAGGGAAUGCCGCCCUCAUCCCCAGGGCAUUCGGGAAGAGUUAGAUCGCAUUCGCGGAGCUUACGAGCAAUGGCGAAUCCCAGUGCCGUAUGGGCCCACUUUGACUUAUGCACAAAUGACCCAUUAAGGGCCCAAUGUCGCAUUUGUGGUGCCGUCGUUGUCAGGGGUGGUGCCAACCCUCGUCAGUGUGGUACUACCAAUUUGCAUCGUCAUUUAAGGGUUCAUCAUGGUGGAAGACUCAUCGGCCGACGGUACCAUGUACUUCCAACUGCGAUACAGGCUGCACAAAGUGGUAAAGCCAUAAGGAUCGCCACUCAAUCUCUAGUCCGUUCCCAGAUGCGAAAUAUCGCUCCGGCUCCUAUACCUCAGCAACAACAGCAGCAACAGCAGCAGCAGCAGCAACGACAACCAAAGACACUCGUACUGAAGACUAUACCUCUUAAAGUGAAACAAGUGGCACCGACCACAAUCAAGAUGCCACCGCGUCAAGCACCUCAAGGACUACCUCAAAACAUAGUACCACAGCAGGCCACUGAGGUCUGCUUAAGGUGGAACAGUUACCACAGCAACAUGCAGAAUAGUUUCCCGUCAUUGCUUGACUCUGAGCAAUUUGUCGACGUGACUCUGGCUUGCGAAGGACGCUCUUUAAAGUGUCACAAAAUGAUUCUCUCCUCCUGCAGCGAUUACCUAGCUGAACUACUACGUGAGAAUCCUUGUCAGCAUCCCAUAAUAUUAAUGAAGGACUUGAAGUUCUGGGAAGUCGAGGCAUUGGUCAAGUUUAUGUAUCGUGGAGAAGUCAAUGUCGCUCACGACAAGUUACCACAAUUGCUGAACGCGGCUGAAGCCUUACAAGUCAAAGGAUUGGCAGGACCAAAUCCUUCGUCCCAGAAUCCUAAACCACCAAUGCUCAUACCACAACCAAAGCCUCAAUCAUCUCAUUCUGCCAUCCCACGAGUUUUGAAUGAAACCAAAGAAACAAGACCGUCGACUUCCGGUAUGUCGAUGCCAACUAGUCCCAAACGUGCGCAUAAACGAUACACCACGGAGUCUUCGGAACCCAGACCGUUUACGAAGAUAAAGUUGCAACGGCCAAUCACACCGAGUUCACCCAGUACCACCGUGAAGCUUGAACCCCUAGAUAUACCCUUGAGUCCCACAGAGAUAUUUCCAGAAAAUAAUGAGGACAGUUCGACCCCCUCAAACUUCGAUAAUAUAGCGAGUCUCCACGAAGAGGAUGAUCCGGGUGGUGAAGAUGUCAGUAGCGGUGACAGGGACAUGAAUUUCUGUGAACUACCAGGACCACCAGAUUUGAAUGACAACGAGGAUCACAUGGAAUUUGUACCUACAGACUUUUUAGAACAGGAACAAGAUAUCGUGGAAGAACCGGAACCUGAUUGUAGUAAAGAUAGCAGGGACGAGUUGAAAGGUUCAAGUCAUAUUGAUAUUGACGAUGAUGAUAAGGAUGUCGAAGAACAUGAACAUUUCUCAAAAAACGACAAAACAUUGUAAUAGAGAAUUCUUGGCUUUUCGACAAGAGCCCCGUCAGAUUGGUAAGGAUGAAACAAUUAGUGUAAUGUUAUUUUCAGCGUUUUAUUUGUCUUCAAGUAUCCAGAACGUUAAUCCAAAGAUCACAGGAAAAUUGUGAAUUUUUAUUUUGAUAUUAUAUAAGUGAUAUAUCGGGCUAUUACAGAAAGCGAAAAGAUUUAGCGAUGAUGAUAUUUGUACAUCAUAAAUGUGUUUUUUUUAAGUUUAAAGGCUAUUGAUCUGAUCUAAAACGUUUUUCCAAUUCAUCGAAUCGAACUAAAUCCACCUAACGUAUAAAUCAUACCAAUUUCAUUAUAUGAUUUUCGAAAUAUUCUUUUCUAAACGAUUGUCAAGAUAUGAAAUUAAACAUACAAAAUUUACUUGCAAAAACUUUUUACAUAAUCGUUAUAAUUCUAUUUAUGUCAAUGCACAUAAGCCUUACUGCAUUUAUGGCGAUGUAUGAUUUUUCCGGUGUAAUCAACAAGAGCGAAAAGUAUUUUCUAAACAAAUCAAAAUAAUUUAUUUGAGUACUGCGUUAAAUUAAUAGUCUUUCUAAGUGAGUUGUGAAAAUGUGCGAAAAAAGAUAUGUGGAUGAGUAUGUGUGUGUGUGAGAUAGAGAGAGAGAGAGAGAGAGAGAGAGAGAGAGAGAGAGAGAGAGAGAGAGAGUGACAGAUAAAGAGCUACUAAUGACUUUAAUCUUAUUGUCUGUAAAGAAAAGCUUACUGUAAAUUUAGAAAGAUGUUAUUUUAAUCGUUUCAG